AUGCACAAGACCCCCGUGUGGCACUGUACCGUUCGCAAGCUACGCGGGACUGGGACACCUACCAGAAGCAGUUGCGGGCGCUGGCCUCCACGGUUGCCGAGAAGGCACUACGGCGAGGCUUGUCUGGAGCAACUUGCGCAUCCAGGUGCCGCCACAGCUGCCGCUGCAGUGGCUUCCGUUGUCCUGAAAGAAGGUGCAUCUGCCGAAAUGCAAGAGUUGGCAACAAAGGUUUCCACUGUGGCAAGAUGCCCGGUUUACGAGCUGCCAGCAGCGCUGCUGGAAGAAUUCUGCAUGGAUCUGUCUUGGGGAGAGCCCGUGCGCUACGCAAUCGCAUGGCCGAGGUCCAGGGCGUUGCAAGACUUGAAGCCGCCAUUCUUGGUGCUAGAUGGUCUUGUGUCUGCGUGGAAUCUGGGCCAAGCCGUCCGGAGCGCCGUGAUGCUGGGCGUGCGGUCCAUCAUCCUGUCCCGCUCGAGCUUCAACUGCUUGAAUGGUCGAGCUUGCCAUGCCUCGUGUGGCUGGCUUUACCAUGCCGAGUACCACCUGGCGGAACCCUUGGCGGAUGCUGUGGAAAGCCUCCGGGGGCUGGGCAACAGUAUCUACGCAGCUGAGGAAGACCACCCCAACUCAGUCGGGCCGCACACCCCACGAGGUGAUGCACGUUGGGCCCUGGUGGUGGGCAACGAGGAGAAAGGUCCCUGGCGAACCGUCAGCCCGAGAAUGCUACCACAAUUCCAUGACAAUUCUAGGAGCUUGGGCUGGCAGAAGCGCAUGCAGUGCUUCUCCGCGAAGCCAUCCCCACAGGGUGCGCCAAGUCCAGACCCCUCGCCACAAGAAGUGGCGAGCUGGCAAGAAUGCAGGGCCAACAACCUGAGAUCUGCAGAGAGAAGGUUGGCAGACAAGCCUCAGCUGAGGAGUUUGGCUGUAGAGCCUGCAUGGCUGGAGCGCGCAUCCCACCUCCUGGAGCAGGACCCAUCUACUUUCGAACCUUCAGACCCGGAUGCUUUCCGCGAGCUAGUUGACACACAAACGACAGAGAUGAAACGAGCCCUGUCGAUGAUGGACGGCUCUCAAGAUGAGUGCUGGUUAUACAGCUACGCAGACGACGUCCUGCUACCCUUCUCCCACAAAGUCCGGCCGCCACUCGAUGCAGCGUCGCUUCAGCUUGCCGACCUACACGACGCCAACCUCGCUGGGGCCAGCUUGAAAGGGGCUUUCUUACAAGGAGCAGACCUGAGUGGUGCUGACCUGCGCUUCGCAGACCUGCGGGGUGCGAAGCUGGCACUCGCCAACCUCGGAGCUGCAAAUCUCACUGGGGCCCUCAUCUCUGGAGCCGAUUUCCGGGGUGCCAACCUGAGCGCAACACACAUGCAUGGGACCUGGGCAAGGGAAGCAUGCUUCGACUGGGCUCAGGUGGAGGACUCUGCCUGGGAGGAGGUGUUCCUUGUGAAUGCCUCCAUGCAAGGGUGCAUUUGGGACUGCUGCAGCUUGCAGGGAUCCUGGCUGGAUGGUGCCAAGCUUCAAGAUGCGAAGCUCUCAAACUGCAUCCUUAAGAGGGCGCGGUUGGCGGGAGCCGAUCUGACGGAUGCCGAGCUGAGAAGCUGCACCUUUGCAGGCGGCGAGCUUGCGGGUGCGACCUGGGGAGUGUCAAAUCCUCCCCGGGUCGCACAGAUAACCGUGGAAGGAUCCAGAUUCGCGGCUCCCCGGCGCCGCGAAGUGCGAGCUCAGGGUGGCAACCUGCGGCGUCUGCUCAUGAUGCUGUUCUUCGACGACUCCGACGGGGAGGAGGACGCAGAUUCCGAGGACCAGGAGGAAGAAGAGAACAAGGAGGAUGAGGAGGAUGAGGAGGACAAGGAGGAAGAGGACACAAAUGAGAAAGUUCAGCUCGGAGAACAGGAAGAGCAAGGCGAGGAAGGGAGUUUCAUGCCCUUGCUGUCGGAGGCGGUGGAGGUGGCUGGAGACCUUGCGGGCCAGGCCGCAGACCAAGCGGAGAGCUUCGCCUCAAGGCAGCUGCAGUCAAAAGUGGAGAAGGCCAAAGCCCGGCUGGGGGAGAUGAUGGGGGGAGUGGAUGCGGCUGUGAAGCCCAAGGCCCGGGCACUGCAGAAGAUGAUGGCAAGCCGCCGUUUCGUGAAGCUUUGCGCCUCACCCUCUGUGCCGCCAACGACCGUCAACAAGGUCCUAGGGAUGAUCGCAAGAACGAAGUCGGCCAAGAAACUGAAUAAGACCUUGGAUGAGGUGUGUACAGAGCUGCAAAAGAUCCAAGACCAGGGCUUAGCGCCUCUACUUCAGAAGGUGCUGGACGCCCAGCUCGCGGGCCGAACUGGCUACUCUUCUGGGCAGAUCCUUCGGAUCUUCCGCAUCACUGCUUUGCAGAUGGCCCGGGAUGCCAGGGAGCUGAACAAGCUGCAGGCCUACCUGGAGAAGAUGCAGGAAACCGUGAAUGAAAACAACUGGGACGAUGUUCUCGACAAUUUCACAUGCUUCUUUGCCUUGCAGAAGCACCUGCAAGGAGAGAGAUCACAGCAGAUCUUUCAGAUGGUUUGGAAAGAUCGAGCUUUCCGGGCUUGCGUGCAGCAGGCCGUUCUGUUUGAAGAAGUUCUGCCUGUUAACCAUCCGCCUGUCUUUGUCAUCCAUACUGUCAAGAAGGCGGUAGGGUACAUCAAGGACAACGCGGAAUCUUGGGAGAAGGCGAUCGCAAAGGAACUUGCAGCCAUCGAGCUGACUCGAACUCGCCAGUCCCAGUUUUUUACUUUCCUCGUCUCUGCUGUCACAGGCGUUUUCAUGUACAUUGCAACAUUUCUGUCCAGCGUGACGUUUCAAGCCUUCCAGGAAGGGCGGCUAACUCUGCCAUACCUGUCUGAAUGGCUGCAUGACUAG